CUCAUGCGCACAAGUGGUCGAGCUUCUGCCACAUUCCCCGCCUGAGGCUGAAGCUGAGAAGAAGUGUCUAUCCGCUUCUACUUUGUACAAAACGAAGCGAAUUCUUGCAGAAAUUAUUGUAAAAUAUUAGUUAGAUCCACCUCCCCCUUGGCACAGUAUAAAAUACCAACUUGACGUGCAACCAAGCAUCGGCCCGGCCUCUGGCUGACGUGGAACCAGUUCCAGCAAAUCCAUUCUCCCCGCUCCAUCACCAUGGCAACAGAGGAGAAGAAACCAGACACUGAAGCCACUAAAACACAGUCGACAUCAUCUGGCUCUGGUAGCCAGAGCAAGUCGGUGCCAGUGAAGCCAAACUACACCCUGAAGUUCACGCUAGCUGGACACACCAAAGCCGUCUCCUCCGUGAAGUUCAGUCCCAGUGGAGAGUGGUUAGCCAGCUCCUCGGCUGACAAGUUGAUCAAAAUAUGGGGGGCGUAUGAUGGAAAGUUUGAGAAGACAAUAUCUGGACACAAGCUUGGAAUCUCUGAUGUGGCCUGGUCUUCUGACUCUAAUCUAUUGGUGUCUGCGUCUGACGACAAGACCCUCAAGAUCUGGGAUGUCAGCUCGGGGAAGUGUUUGAAGACGCUGAAGGGCCACAGCAACUACGUGUUCUGCUGCAACUUCAACCCUCAGUCCAACCUGAUUGUGUCUGGGUCGUUUGAUGAAAGUGUGCGGAUAUGGGACGUGAAAACAGGGAAGUGCUUGAAGACCCUACCAGCUCACUCAGACCCUGUCUCUGCUGUGCACUUCAACAGAGAUGGGUCCCUCAUUGUGUCCAGCAGUUAUGAUGGCCUUUGCCGAAUUUGGGACACAGCAUCUGGUCAGUGUCUGAAAACACUAAUUGAUGAUGACAACCCACCCGUGUCUUUUGUCAAAUUCUCCCCCAAUGGUAAAUACAUCCUGGCAGCCACGCUGGACAACACUCUCAAGCUUUGGGACUACAGCAAAGGAAAGUGCUUGAAGACAUACACGGGACACAAAAACGAGAAGUACUGCAUUUUCGCCAAUUUCUCAGUCACAGGUGGCAAGUGGAUUGUCUCUGGCUCAGAGGACAACAUGGUCUACAUCUGGAAUCUGCAGACCAAGGAGAUCGUACAGAAACUACAGGGUCACACAGAUGUUGUGAUUGCCACCGCCUGCCACCCCACAGAAAACAUCAUCGCCUCGGCCGCGUUAGAAAACGACAAAACCAUCAAACUGUGGAAGAGCGACUGCUAAACUUCCCAGGAGUGCCGAUUCCAAUGGGCUUAUUUUAUUUUCUUUUUCUUCUUUUUUGUUUUUGUUUUUUUUGUAUGUUUCAUUUUUGGGUAUAAAAGAAGAAAAGGAACAAAAGAAGAAAAAUAAAAAAGGACUUUUGGCAGAUGGAGGCCUGGUAUAUCAGCCCGGGCCCAAGAGGAGCGCAUGAGCACACUGUGUCCUGAAGCAGUCAUCGAUCUCACAACCUCCCCUCCGCACCAUCCUCUCUUAGCUCCACUAGCUCUUGCGUGCACACACACACACACACACACACACACACACACACACACACACACACACACACACACACACACACAAACAAACGGCUCUCUACAACCUAACGCUUGUGCACUACAAUACUAUCACUUUCCGUUUCUUUCUCUCCCCACUCUCUGUUGGCCUUACGUACGUACGUCUGUUGAUGUUUUUUUUGCUUCUCUCUUCUUUCUUUCUUUCUACUCGUCUGGGAGGAUUGCACUCCUCACACUGUACCUCCCCAAGUAGCGUCUCGUGGUGAUGUCCUGCUUUCCCCCCCACACAGCAAACGAAGAAAACUUUUAUCUUUAAACUUAAAAACGUACUUACUCAACCCUCGGUAUCUGCAGCAACACACCGUGAUCUGAUUCAUUGUAGUGUUUUUUUCUCUGUCGUGCAUGAACUGUAUGGGGUCUCCUCACACAGUCAUUGAACUCCCACAUCCACAAGUGCGCUUUGUGUCACGUUAGGUUAGCCUUGUUCUGUUAGUGUUACCCCUGUAAGUGUUUUUUGGUCAUUUGUUUGAAGAUAAAAAAAAAAGAAAAAAAAGACGUGUUAUGGACAGGUGUUUAGUACAUGGAGGAAGUGACCUGAAAGGAAUUGUAGGCCAGCAGGCCCUUCAGACACCAGUAUAGUCGACAGAAAUGCUUUUAAAUGUCAGAGUUAGAGGAAGCCUUGACACGCUCCAGUGUGGAAUAUCUGCUUAGUACAGCAGUGAACCUUUUCAAAGGUGCUAACAGUACAGUAAACCAAGGUGCGUAUGACUUGUCUUAGUAAUUGUAAAUAGAGAAGGCAUCAGAUUAAAGAUUGAUUUUUUUUUGUUUGUUUGUUAACCCCCCCCCCCCCCCCAAGUUGUAUUCGUUUAAUUUUAAUUUAUGUUUUUUUGUUCACAUAUUUGUACUCGGUCUUAUUUCAAGAAGGUUUCUUGCAUCAUCUGUGUCCUAAUCUUAACGUGAGCAGCUUUGUGUGUCGGACGCCCAGCUUCAGUGUUAUUGGUGUUUCGAAUGCAUGUUCCAUAAUUGAAGCAGACUCAAGAACACAAUAUAGUGAGGGGGGGGGGGGGGGGGGGCAGGGGACAGAGACACUGCGUAGAUUUGACCUCCUACGGUCAUGUUGGAGGUUUUGCAUAGUGUGAGGUGAACUAUGUGACACAGCGCACACUUGGCUGUUUUUGUCCACCUGCCCAGGAGUGCACAGUUCCAAACACCUGGCCUUCGCUGUACACGCGGCACAGCCCAAGCUCACAAUGUCCUCUCUCUUCAGAUGAGUUGUCGCCAUACCCGUAAUUUAAUGGAUGAAUGAUUGUUUGACAAGGUAUUGAUUGCGCAGGAGGUGUAAGUUAAUAAAGGAGGGGUUAAAAAUAAUUAAGGUAAUUGACCAAGGUCGCAAACAAACAGGCCACUCUACUUGAGCUUCCUUUAAAGUUUCUCGUCCCGCCCAUAUAUUAAUGAACCUGGCACAAUGUUGAAGAAGAAAAAAAAAGAGAUCACAGUGUGGUCUGAUGAAGCUCGACCUGAGAUGAAUGCUUUCCAAAUGUGUGAUGUCGUCUGGCCGAGUACAUUAUUAUGAUCGAUCAUGGGCUGUUACUCUGAUGUCUGUGAAUUUUCUGCCUUUGAGAGUGAAAUAUUUUACCCCCCCUUCUGUCUCUCUCUGCCCUCUCGAACCGAGAGGUCUAGUAGUUUGGUAGUGCAGAUCGUGUUGAGUUCAUGUCUAGUUUGCCUUUUUGAGGAGGCCUGGUUUUCCGAGGCCUCUUGCUACUGGCCUCCCCUCCCUCUGUUGUCAUUUGGAUUGACUUGUGUUGCACCGUUGGGCGUGGAAAGAGCUGCAUGAUUGACACCUGCUGUAUCGCAUUCAGUUGCUCCGGACAUAACCUGUGACUCAAUAAAGACUUUUGUUUCUUUUUUUACAUGUACAGAAACAGAACUCUGUUGGUCCAUCAUUGCCUUGAAGUUUUUGUGUCCCAUUAAAGUUGCCAUUGCCUGAGGGUAUGCAUUGGUUAUAAUUUCAGAGGUAUGGGUUUUUUUUUACCCAUUAAACGUGGGGGGUAAAGGACGGUACUGACUAUUACAGUCAUAUUGAUAUUGAUCCUGUGUUCUUUGUUUUUAAUUCUUAAGACAUUAGUUUGCAUUAGGGUACUUUCUCAUUUUUAUGACAUUUCCUAUGCAACCAAAGGUGAGCGAGCAGUUAAGAUGGGAAGCCAGCAUGUCUAUGACCAGAGAUCUACACCGGCCUCCUGCGCACCUACCUGAGCUCCACAUGCCUUCAGGCCUGUCAGUAACCAACAUACAUCCAUUCAAAGCUCCAGUUUGUUGGGGGUUUUUUAGAUCAAAAAUGCCUUUUCUCAGGUCAAAGACAAAUAUGUCUCUUCAGGUGCACCCUGUUUACUUAAAGAAUCCUACUUCUGAUUCAGAUAUUUUAUUGCCUUUGUUUAGAAUUGUUUAAAAAGACCUGAAUAUGUAGUCACUGGAUUAACCCCGUAAAACAAACAAUUGAAUGUAGUAAGGAGUGUUCUCUUUGUAUGGUUCCAUUAGAAUAGCAUUACUACUCUAGGAGGAGGGCCCUCUUUGGACAGAAAAAGCCUUGCAAACUGCAUCGUUGGUAUGUGGUUUUGGUCUUAUUGAAUAUCAGGUAGUGAUGGAUUGGUGAAAACAAAAGCUGCAUACCACUUCUGGUGCAUCAUUAACAUGUUGUACAGAAAAACUGAAGGCACAUUAAUAUUUUAAGUUUUUAAUACUUUUUUCGUCAUUUUCAUGAAAGAGAGAACAUCAAAGAACAACCCACGGAACAACAGAUGACUUUUUCAUUUCCUUUAAAAAUAGACCAAAAAUAUAAACGGAAAAAAAAAAAAAAAAAACACAAUGAAACCAAA